AUGACUGCCCCCGAUGCUGUGUCGGUACCGGAGGGGCUCUGUGUCUUCAUUUCCUGCAGUUUCACUUACGAUCCAGGUGAUGCUAGCAUCUUUGCCACAUUGUAUGGAUAUUGGUAUGAGGUAGGAAAGACUGCAAACGAUCCUGCAGUGGCCACCAAUGAUGACAGAAAAGAGAUUGCAGACUUCGCUCUCAAUCGCUUUCAUCUCUCUGAGGAUCUGGAAGGAGGCAACUGUUCCCUCACCAUCAACGAUGCCCAAGAACGUGAUAGAGGAAACUACUAUUUCAAAAUGGAGAAAGAGCCCAAAGCAAAAUUUGAUUACAAACGUCGUGGCCAACCGUCUGUGAGUGUAACAACACUGGAAAACCCAGAAAUACAGAUACUGGGAAAGCUUCGAGCAGGACACCCAGUAAACAUCACUUGCACAACCCCAGGAAGUUGUGCUUUGAAGCCUCCGAUCAUCACCUGGGAAGGCAUUUCUGAAGAAGCCAGAUCCGGGAUCUCUGACCUGCUGCCAAACGGCACCCAUGUUCACAGCACCAUGGUCAACUUCAUACCCUCAGUGGCAGACCAUGGACAGAAUCUCACCUGCAGCGUCCGCUAUGGGAAUGAGACCAGUUUUGUGUACAAGGCGGAGACUAUCCAGCUGGACGUCAACUACCCACCCGAGAAGCCAGAGCUCCAUGCGGAACUUAUACGCUCAAAGACAAGUGACUCUGUUGUGCUACGAUGCGAGGUAAAGGGCAACCCCUUGCCCCAAGUGACUUGGAUGAAGAAAUCACAGUCCGAAUGGACUCCUGAGCCCACAUCAGGAAACACACUGAAGCUUUCUGAUCUGAAGGAGUCGCAUAUGGGCGAAUACCAGUGCCAGGCCUGGAACCCAGAAGGCUCCAGCAAGACAAUCUUCCAGCUCUCCCUAGCAGAGCACACAGAGGCCAGCCAAUGGAGCGCAUUCAUUCCCUUGGUCCUAGUCCUCUGCCUGAACAAGGCUUUGCUUUGCUUCUUCUUCUUUCUCUCCGCCUUUUUGUUUUCGGCCCAGACGAAGGCUCCACUGAGAAAGAGAAACCGUAGCCAGAAGGCAGAAGCGCCCGUAGCGCCUGAAGGAGAGAAGCAAAAAGCAGCAGAAACAGGAAACUCAGCACAGGAGGGAGUUGUGCUGUCUGGCCGCUAAGCACAGCCUAUUGC